CAUGCUAGUGUUCAACAGCGGCGCACGCGAUGAACCAGAUGGCAGUGCAGGCACAGUAAACAGUUAUUUUGGCGCGCAUUUCAAUUCGUUCGUGAUUUUGUUUCUAAUUGCAGAGCGCAUUUGAAAAAUUCAUGCGAUUGCGAUAAUACUUCGUAUUCAGUGAAAGACUGUUAUUUUUGUUGUCAAUUUUGUUUACGUGGCUAUCAGACUGAGUGGCUGUCUGUGUGUGUGUGUGUGUGUGUAUGUGCGUGUGUGCCUUCACUUGCAACUUUGCGCGUCAGCAACACAACAUGUAAAUCCUUAUCAAUGGCAUCGAUCAGUAUCAGCAGCGGGCCCAAAUACCGUUACAAAUCCCUUGUCGGCUCGCAACAACAUUGGCUGCACUGCCUACUGCGGCUGGGGCUGUUUGCCCACGUUGUGAAGCUGGCGGUGCACGCUGAGGAGGUCAGCACUUCGGCUGGCAUCUCUGAAGAAUGGGGCUCCGGGUGGCAGGGCGGAACCAACUUUCUGGUAGAGGUCGAAGAGACGGCUGCCAUGUCCCCAAAUGCCGCACGUGGCAGCAACAGCAGCAGCAACGCAUCCGUGGACUACAAUGCUGAGCUAGCCAACAGCCAGGAGACAGACCCUACGGGCACAGCGACCACAGGCACCAACAACGGCACAACUCUUGAAACGGGCCCUAAGAUCAUUGUGCGCACCGAGGAGGUGCUGAUUGUGGGCCUCGUACUCAUCCUCUGGGUGGGCGCCAUAAUGCUCUUCUUCAAUCGCUGGGGCAAGAUACGCAUGCUGGAGCCGUACCAGCCAAAGUUCCAGCAACAGCAUCGCAGUUCCUGUCCGCUGGUCGACAUCGAUGCCGUGCAGACACAUCAGCGCUCGUCGGUGUCCCGCAUGUCGAUGGGCAUGGUGCACAAUCAUAAUUUGAAUAUGCCAACGUGUCAAUUUGCGGCCUAUAAUCCCAACAUAUAUGCGAAGGGCUAUGCCUCGCAUGUCUCGCACGUCUCUCGGCCUCGGCAGAAUUCGGUUUUCGUGGGUGCCAGCACGAGUCACUAUUUGAUGCCGAGACCCCCAAGGAAGACGCGCUCCGCCAUGGAUCUGCACUCGAUGGUGCUGGACGAGAGUGCCGAACAGGUGUAGAUAGGAGGAGAGAGAGAGAGAGUGUAUGUUAAGGCUUAAGUGUGCGCGUGUGUGUGUGUGAUACUGUGUGUGAGUGUGGAUGUGUGACUGAGUGCAGGUGCGAGAGAGCUCAGCUAAGGCAUAAGUAAGUCAGCGAGUAAGUCAAGUUUAAUGUCAAUAGGCAGCUGAAGAUGAUAAUAAAGAGUACUAAAUGCAGUUCUACUAGAAUACAAAACUGUCCAACAACUACUACAAUUUACAAUGUACAAAUGUAAAAACUCAAAGCCACGCAAUUCUACACCCAAUUUCUAUCUAUCAUUCUCUCUAUUUCUCUCUCUCUUUCGCUCUCUCUCCCUUUCUCUCUCUCUCUCUGUUUCUUGAUUUGCUGAGGAACCAUGGCCUCAAUUUCAUCCGCGACAAAGCUCGCUGCUAUGACACAUCUUGCGUUAACAUUUUGUCGUGCUGUUCAGCAUUUGUCUGUCACUCUGCAUCCCAUGCAUUAUUUAUAGUAUUAUUAAUUAUUAUAUUUAUCUUUCUACCUUACGCGCAACAGUCUCCCAAAUACGCCAUAACUCUCACACACACAGUCAAAAGGAAACUAUUUCGUUACCCUAUACUUACAUAAUAAGGUUUACUUAGUAUUAUAAAUUUAAAUAGAUCGUUGCAAGUAAAACAGUUUUGUUGCAAACGCUCAAAAGAUAUCCCCCCAUACGAUUACAUAUUUUGCUAUAUCUCCUAACUACAAGUGUCUAUAGCUAUACCUAUA